AUGUCCGCUGUAUGCCUGGCCACUGGCCGCCGGCCGGCUGCUAGCUGCUUCUUCGAGGUCGGCAGGCGCGAGAUCGGCUCGUCCAACCCCCGCGCCUCCUCCUGUCGAAUCAGCGGUUCUGAGGGCAUAAUCAUGCGCAUGAAUCAGUAUGCACAGUUGCAAGGUCAUACCGCCUCUGUUAAUGCCGUCAGCUUCAGCCCUGCUGGUGACCUUCUCGUGUCUGCUUCAGACGACACAGACAUCAUUCUCUGGGAUUGGCUUGCUAAAUCUAAAAGACUAAGUUAUCCUUCUGGGCACCAAUACAAUGUCCUCCAUGCUCGAGUGAUGCCAUUUACGAAUGACAGCACUAUUGUGACUGUUGCUGGGGAUGACCAGGUCAGGGUGGGAGAACUGAAGCAGGGUGGUGAAGUAACAACCAGGCAAAUAGGGGAACAUGAUGAUCGUGUGAAGAAAGUGGCUCUCGAACCAGGAAGUCCUCACAUACUUUACACUUGUGGAGAGGAUGGCCUGGUACAGCAUUUUGACCUGCGCAGUAAUUCACCAAUAAAGCUCUUCACCUGCUAUUCGUUCUCAGAGAGGAGACGUCGUGUAAGACUGAAUACUAUUGCCAUCGACCCGCAGAACCCAAACUAUUUUUCAGUUGGUGGUUCAGAUGAGUAUGUACGGUUGUAUGAUUCUAGGAGAAUCAACUCGGAUGCUUCAAGCAAUAUGAACCUACCAGUUGAUACUUUCUGCCCUAAGCACCUUCUUAAGGGUGGGAAGGUCCACAUCACUGGUAUUGCAUACUCCAAAUCAAGCGAGAUGCUUGUCUCAUACAAUGACGAGCUUGUCUAUUUGUUCCAAAACAACAUGGGUCUUGGUUCGAAUCCUGAAUCAACACUGCCAGAGAAUUUGGACAUGCUCAAGGAGGUACAAGCAUACUCUGGUCACAGGAAUUCCAGAACUGUUAAAGGAGUCAGUUUCUUUGGACCAAAUGAUGAAUAUGUUUUGAGUGGAUCAGAUUGUGGGAAUGUCUUCAUUUGGAAGAAGAAGGGAGCAACUAGCGGGAUCGGCAGAACAAUCAGGAUUUGGUCACCUGAAUCUAAGAAAGUAAUUCCAUUGCCGAAACAUGCAAAUCAAAUAAUGGCUUAUAAUGAUCGGGGUAGAAAAGUCGACGCUUCCCGAGCAGGAGCGACAGUUGAGCCUGGCAUCCUCAUGCGUCUGGUGAGGUUGCAUCCAAGACUAUCUGAAUCUGACACAGAGCAUGAACCGUCUGCUUCUGAUUUCGCAAGCGGUGGUGGCGAUGACGAACCUUUCUUCAUUCAGUUUGGUGGUCGCAGUACAGGCCGAAGAGGGAGGUCCGAUCCCAGGGAAUGCAUCAUGGCAUGA